UUAUAUCAUCCUGGACUCACAUAGAUAUUUUACCAGUUUUCCUACUCUUAGUUACUGAGACAUAUACUAUAGAAGAAAUUGAAAUGGUUAAAAGAGGAAUAACAGAUCUUAUUCAGCAUUUGCUAAUAAAUGAACCAAUUAAUAUAGAAGAGUAUAUAGAUAUUGAUAGAAAUGAAGAAAUUUAUUUCUCUACUGAUAAAAAUAUUUUAUUUCAGAAGAUUGUAGAUAUGAUUAAUCGUAUUAAUACAUUAGAAGAGGAAGAAUCUUCUGAAAAAUAA